AGCAGGCUGUCCCCGCCCGCGACCUAAAGAGGAAGGAGGCCCCGAUGGAGAGCUGGCCUCCUCGGCCUAGGGCCCGGCCGGGCCCCCUCCCGGCCCCCGGGCUGCUGGGCUUGAUCCUGCUCCCCUGGACCCUGCCGCUGGCAGGCGCAGAAGAGCGGUCUGUGACCCACACCGGCCUCCCCAUCCUGGUCUCUCUGGCCAACAGGGCCGUCUCCUUCAGCUGCAGCAUCACCUACCCCUACACCCCCAAGUUCAAGGACUUCACAGUCAGCUACUUCUACGUGGACCUCCAGGGCCAGACCAGCUUCGUGGAGAAGAUCAGCUGCCAACCUGGUACAGGCAGUGAGAACCAGACCCACACCACUGUCUGUCCCAUCACCCUCAAGCCACGUAACGCGUCUGCCACCGGUACCUACUACUGCUCCGUGUACUGGCCGGACACCAGGAUGACAGGCAAGGGCACGUUCAUCCUGGUCAGAGACACAGGGUACCAGGAGCCCCCCCGGAGCCCCCAGAAGCUCCUGCUCUUCUGCUUCGUCGGCAUCCUGGCCGUCCUGAGCAUCCUGGCCACGGCCCUGCUUCUCUGGAAGAAGAGACAGAUGUGGGCUCUGUGGAAGCACGUUGCCAAGAAGUGCCCGCGUCCCAGUGCCACCAGCAGCCCGGGGCAGCCUCCAUCAGACUCCGUCUACACGGACCUGCAGCGCCGCGAGUCCCAGGUCUACGACAGCAUCCAGGGUGAAGCCGGCAGCCCGCCCACCUCCCAGGGCCUGCUCUCCCAGGAGAAACAGCAUAAAUUUGAGGGUGAUGGUGAAUUUAACCUGGUCUAUGAAAAUCUCUAGGAUGAGCUCUGCCUGCCCACAGGUCUCGCCCUGGAUCAGAGGCCCUGGGGAAGCCUCUCCCUCCAGGGAACUUGAUCUGUAUUGGAAGUGCGGCUGCAGGGUACCCCCUCACCUCACCCCCACAUUUACGAGGCUGGCCCCCACGCCUGUUCCGCAGCCCAGUCAUGCCCCUCAAGUGUGCCACGUCUCCAGGCUUUUGCCCAAGCUGUUCCCUCUGCAGGUGGGCACUCCCUCCGUCUCCAAGGGCUCUCUUGGACACCUCCCAUCCCUGGGGCCCUCCUCACCCUCUAGGGACGCUUGGGCUCUCUUGCACCAGCCUGAGCCACCAGGAGGUUCCAGCGGGGACCCAGUACUGUGUGCACACGCAGAGUAGAUGAAUAAAAGAGCAACUAUA